GGUGAGUAAAUUUAAAAUAAGGAUAAGAUAAGGUUUUCCAUAACAGAGACAUAUUUUGGGGGGGAUUUAUAUAUUCAUAUCAGACUUUUCCUUAUGGAAAAUAUUUUUCUUAAUAAAAAUCAUUAAUUUAACAGAAGACAUAAAAUAUAGAUAUUUAAGUAUUUAUAUUAUAAUAUCGCAACAUUAAGAAAUAUAAAUCCUAUUCUAUCCAAGCUUCCAACGGAUGCAGAGGACACGAAACCCGAUGGUGCAGCAGCAGCUCCUUCUUUAGGCAGUUUAUCAUUGAAAUGGGGUCACCCCGCCGCUAUCUAACAUUCCUACUAAAUCCCUGGUACGCAAUCCUCGGAUGUGUUGGGAACCUUGGCUAACUCCACAUGGUGCUAAAAACGAAAUUGAAGUAGCCCCUUACACGCCUUAAAAGCUUUCUUAUGGAGACGGAGGUUCAACAGGUGGCUCAGCACCAUCCUGGUGAGGGCGUGUGGACGGUCCCUCACGGCGUCGUGGACGACUGCGCUGAGGAUGUGAAAUUCCACGUCGGGGUAAAUUACGAAAAAAUUAUCAGGUUCUUCAAAAUCAAAAUGGUGACCGAAUAUGUGUAGAGUAAUCAAUAGUCUUUAAAAGAUAACAACUGAACUCAAUUCACUGAUGGUGAUAUAAAAUCUAUAUAUAUUACUAAAAUACCGUUUUUUUGGAUGAUAUUUACUAGCGAGGUAUUAAUAUUCCUUGUAGGUGCACUAUCGAACCAUUCAUGUUUUACGCUUUCUUAUUAGUCUAACAAAAAAUGUCGAAAUGCACAACGAGCAUAAAUAAAAUGAACUCGCUUUAUUCGCCACUAAAUAUAUUACUCCCUCAUCACGCCUUAACACUUUCAAAGAUCAAGUUACUAAAUAAACGCUCUUUUUCUUUAGCUUUUAUUUAUAUUUCAAGCAAGCUUUUCUGGAUCAUUGUGUGAACCCGUCAUACGUCAACAUUUUACACGUUCUUAUUUCUCUGUCACAGACCUCAUAAUGGGAAACAGCUGCUAUUCGCGUGAAUACGUCUUGGACGACCCAUAUGCCCGCCAAAAAGUCGACCUAGGGGAUGAGGAUCGCAUAUCGGGUGAAAAACAAUACUGGAAAUAUCGCCUAAUUAGGAUGAUUGGAUUGGAUCCGACGCAAGUGUUCUGCGAAUUCGCCUACAAAAUUCCUUCAAUUCGGGUGUUUGACAUGACGACUAAGCUAGAUGAGAGUUCUCUACAGUAUGUCCUCAAUUGUGUAAUGGAGUUCGCCAGGCUCUGCGACGAGACGGACACAUACGGCAGACGCUUCUUCGAUGAAUGGGAACGGUUCUGGAGACCAGCGAAUUCUAAUGCCGAGAACUAUGUACUACCACGUACUAUUAUCUCCUUCUCAAAAGUGUUCCGAAUGUUGUGUCUAAAGAGUGGCAUGGUCAAGAUUAAAUCGAUAACGGGGGUCCCUAACUUCAAUGAGAUCGACGAGGCGCUUAUGAUCCCACCAAACUUUCAUGUUUAUUCCGCAACAUUCCAUCUCAUGCAGCUCAGUUCUCAGAAUGCCAUCUUGUUCGCUAGUAACUUUAUUUCGGAUAUCACAAACCUUAAAGAGCUAACGAUCCACAAAUACGAUGACUAUAAUGUGGAAGUCUCACUGACUAACAUCGAAGACGAACAACAAACGAAACGCGUUAUCAAAAUCCGUCAUGAGACGUCAAGUAUAUUUUUAUUAUGUAACGGAACCGUAAAGAAUCCCCCAAAAUUCCAGGUGACGUGGGAACUCAACAUGUACAUCGAUAAGGAAAUCUUGAAAGAAAGCUUUGCCCCUUUUCAGCCUCCGAAAGAUGAUAAAAAGCCCAAAGAAAAGCUUAAAUCACCCCUAAAAGGCCUCUCUGUAAUCCAACCGUUACCUACCAUCAUAGAGGAAGACGAAGAAAUGGUGGAAAAGGAUGAAAACUCUCCAAUCAUGGAGGACCUCAACGUGACCCCCGCAGAAGAACAACAGGCGCAAAAAAUGGAAGAAAUAAAUGAAAUAAACACAGUCGAAAGCAAACCCGCAGCGUUAAUCCCGCCCCAGAAACCUCCGAGGCCAAGUCUGAAAAAAAAUGGGAUCGCAACGGUACAACAAGAAUAUUUAAUACGCAGGGAACUCGUCCAUUGUGAUGCUAAAAUCAUCAAGGCUGUCCUGUCAAAGCCGUCACGUUCAAUCUUUUCAAGGACUUCAACGUAUAAAAAGACGAAAGAGGAACUCAGAUCCAUCCUCAGGAAUCGAUACCAAAUUGAGUUGGUCAGGGUGGAUGAGAUAGAGUCGGAAGAUGCUAUUUAA